AUGGCCGGGCAGCCUUAUCAUUCUCCCCAGGCAAGGAGCCCAGAGAGAGGAUCAGGUGUUUUCAGGUUAACUGCCAGAAAUGCAAUGGCGCCUCUUGAUUCGGAGGUGAAAGAAGAAUGUCUGAGGAAAGACCUGAAGUUUUACUUCAUGAACCCUUGUGAAAAAUACCGAGCCAGACGCCAGAUCCCGUGGAAACUGGGUUUGCAGAUUUUGAAGAUAGUCAUGGUCACGGCACAGCUUGUUCGUUUUGGUUUAAGUAACCAGCUGGUAGUUGCUUUCAAAGAAGAUAACACGGUCGCUUUUAAGCACUUGUUUUUGAAAGGAUAUUCUGGCGUAGAUGAAGAUGACUACAGCAGCAGUGUGUAUACUCAAGAGGACGCCUAUGACAGCAUCUUUUUUGCUAUUCAUCAGUAUCAUCAUCUAAAGGACAUUGCCCUGGGGACCCUGGGCUAUGGAGAAAAUGAAGACAAUAGAAUUGGCUUAAAAGUCUGUAAGCAGCACUACAAGGAGGGGACCAUGUUUCCUGCCAAUGAGACCCUGAACAUGGACAGUGACACUGAGACAGAUUGCAUUCACUUAGACCUCCAGACCCUCGCCAGGAACUCUCCCGACUGGAAGAACUUAUCAUUCUUCAGACUGGAAUUUUAUCGGCUCUUAAAAGUUGAAAUCUCCUUUCGACUCAAAGGCAUUGACCUACAAACGAUCCAUUACCGCGAGUUACCAGACUGUUACGUCUUUCAGAAUACGAUUACCUUUGACAAUAAAGCUCACAGUGGCAAAAUCAAAAUAUAUUUUGACAGUGAUGCCAACAUUGAAGAGUGUAAAGACUUCAACAUAUUCGGAUCUACUCAGAAAAAUACACAGUAUGUCCUGGUGUUCGAUGCAUUUGUCAUUGUGAUUUGUUUGGCAUCUCUGACCCUGUGCACGAGAUCCAUUGUUCUUGCGCUGAGGUUACGAAAGAGAUUUCUGAAUUUCUUCCUGGAGAAGUACAAGCGACGGGCGUCUGAUGCUGACCAGUGGGAGUUCAUCAACGGCUGGUAUGUCCUGGUGAUCAUCAGUGACCUAAUGACAAUAAUCGGAUCCGUAUUAAAAAUGGAAAUCAAAGCCAAGAAUCUCACAAAUUAUGAUCUGUGCAGCAUUUUGCUUGGGACAUCCACACUCUUGGUUUGGGUCGGAGUCAUCAGAUACCUGGGCUAUUUCCAAGCCUACAAUGUGCUCAUUUUAACGAUGCAAGCCUCACUGCCGAAAGUCCUUCGGUUUUGUGCUUGUGCCGGCAUGAUUUAUCUGGGUUACACGUUCUGCGGAUGGAUUGUCUUAGGACCCUAUCAUGACAAGUUUCAAAAUCUGAACACAGUUGCUGAGUGUCUGUUUUCUUUGGUCAACGGUGACGACAUGUUUGCGACCUUUGCCCAAAUCCAGCAGAAGAGCGUCUUGGUGUGGCUGUUCAGUCGCCUGUAUUUAUAUUCCUUUAUCAGCCUUUUUAUAUAUAUGAUCCUGAGCCUUUUCAUUGCACUUAUUACAGAUUCUUAUGACACCAUUAAGAAAUUCCAACAGAAUGGCUUUCCCGAAACGGACCUGAAGGAAUUCCUGAAGGAAUGUGGCAGCAAAGCCGAGUGUCCGAGAGAGCCCUCCAGCCUCCCGUCCUGCAUCUGCUGUCUGAGGAGGAAAGGAAGCAGUGAGCACUUGGCUCUUAUUAACUAAAGUCCUUCUGCUAAAGACUGUGAAGGUCCAGGGCUGCAUAUCCAGUGGCCAUACGGUGGGUCCGGCGGGUCCACACAGACUGUGUUCUUUAGUUAUGGUGCAGAAGAGAGGACUGACUGUCACCUGGUGACCAUGGCUGAGGCUCCAGAGUCACUUUUGCUAAGCUCAGAUGAAGAAGAACAGGCCCUGGGCCACUUCUGGACAUUACUACAAUGGCACAAGGAUAAUGAAAUUCUCUGUUAGUCUGUUAAUUUAUGACACGAUGAUGUUGGCAUGGAAAAUCCUCCUUGCAGAGCUGGAGACAGCGAUGUUUAAAGCCGUGGAUUUAAGGAUGUGUGUUUACCGUCCAAUAAGGAUUUACUUAAAAAGUGAUUCUUGGGCUGGGAGACGUUUGUUGAUUCAUGUUCUGCACAGAAAUGAAGUCUGUUUUGAUACUGAUUUGUAGAUUCCAAGCUGGGGAGAUGAUUAAGCCAUUUAAAGAUCACAAUUAAAUGCACAAAAGGCUUCACGCAGUCAGGGUCUUUGGGACUAUUUCCCUGUGAGUCUUCUUCACCAUGACAUGAAGCCACUGUUGGCAUGGUCAGUGGGAUGGAUAGGAAUGGCCAUCUGGACGCCUUACUCCUUGUACUCACUGUGCAGUCAAGUGUGAACCGUGGCCUGGCCACUCCCUUUGACCAUCAUCUCCACUGUGUUGGAGAUUUACCUUUGUCAAGUAAGGAAAUACGGUAUA